AUGUCGCUGACAUCUUACGAUGAAUUAUUAAAACAAGUUGAAAGUUUGAAGACUGAGAAUUCAUCCCUUCGUCAAGAACUACACGAUAACUCCAGUCAUCUGACCAAACUUGAAAAUGAAGCAUCCAAUAUGAAAGAUGUAUUGACACAUGUCCAGUAUGAUAUGGAAGGGGAUUAUGAAUUUCACGAAGGCAAUAUUUAUUGUGAUGAAAAUACUGCCAGCCUUGAAGCAAACUGUCAAGGUGAAAAAUUAAGACUGAAGAUCAUCUUUCCUCAUUAUUCAAGUCGACUCAGCUGCAAAUCAGCACUGAUAUCUAAGAAAGAUUCAUGCCAAAAGGUUAAGCCAAGGACCAGUAGACAGGAUCUUCAUGAACUUAAUUUAUGUUAUUAUGAUAUGCUAUUGUUCUCUAGAAACUGUAUAUUACGUGAAGCUGAAGAAGAAAGUAAACAGAGAAAAUGGUUUUAUGAUCAGUUAGAAGUCAUCAGUAGUAAAAUUGAUAAUUUACCUCUUACUGAACAGUAUAAUUUACAAAAUGAUAUGACAAGACGCCAACUAGAAUAUGAUGCCAAACAACUCACAGAAUCAUUGCAUCAAAAACUUGGUACUGGUGAUCAAAUUGCUGUCAGACAAAGUUCUAGAGUUCAAAGGUUACGAACUAUUGAAGCUGAAAUGAUGGAACUGCAAAAACGACGCCAUCAAAUCCAGAUGAUAACUGAGCAAUAUGGAAGAGCAGCUUAUGAAUCAAGUAGUGGUAGUAUGACCAACCAUCAUGAUUUAUCAAGUGUUAUGAGUUUUAAUUCUGAAACAUCAGGUAGACAACCACCACCAGCAGUAGAAUUUGUAGAACCUCUGCCACCAUCUUCACAACAACUUGGUACCAGGGUUGAAAUGGUCUAUAGUUUGUUGUCAAUGUUAGGUACCCAUGAUAAAGAUGAUAUGAGUAGAACAUUAUUGGCAAUGUCUUCAUCACCUGAUAGCUGUAUAGCUAUGAGACAAUCAGGUUGUUUACCAUUAUUAAUACAAUUAUUACAUGGUAGUGAUAAAGAUUCCGGAUUAUUGGGUAACACACGAGGAUCUAAACAUGCUAGAGCUAGAGCUUCUAGAGCUUUACAUAACAUUGUACAUUCUCAUCCUGAUGAUAAACGUGGUCGUCGUGAAGCCAGAGUAUUAAGAUUAUUAGAACAAAUUAGAGCUCAUUGUGAUCAGUUACGUAAUGAUUCUACAGAAGAUGAUGAAGCUGGUCCUCAAAGUCAAAUAGACCAUCAACCAGGCCCUGCUAUAGCUGCUCUCAUGAAAUUAUCAUUCGAUGAAGAACAUAGACAUGCAAUUUGUACCUUAGGAGGUUUACAAGCUAUAGCUGAUUUAUUACAAAUAGACACCCAAGUUUAUGGUAAUACAACAGAACAAGUUAAUAUUACUAUGAGACGUUAUGCCUGUAUGUCAUUAACUAAUUUAACAUUUGGAGAUGGUACUAAUAAAGCUUUGUUGUGUUCUAUGACAGGUGCUAUGGCUGCCUUGGUUGAGCAGCUCAACUCAGCUAAUGAAGAUCUGUGUCAAGUAGCUGCUAGUGUGAUCAGGAAUUUAUCGUGGAGAGCUGAUUUAGCCAGUAAGAAAAUAUUGCGUGAAGUGAAUGCAGUCAGAACACUAAUGUACUCAUCUAUGAAAGUGAAAAAAGAACCAACAUUUAAAAGUAUUUUGAGUGCUCUGUGGAAUUUAUCUGCUCAUUGUACAGAAAAUAAAGCUGACAUUUGUGCUGUGGAAAAUGCUUUGGAAUUUCUUGUCAGUAUUUUAACAUAUAAAAGCCCAUCAAAAACAUUAGCUAUUAUCGAGAAUGGUGGUGGUAUAUUACGUAAUGUCUCAAGUCAUAUAGCUGUACGUGAAGAUUACCGUAAUAUACUGCGUCAACAAGGCUGUUUACAGAUUUUAUUAAAACAUUUACGUUCACCUAGUUUAACUAUAGUGAGUAAUUCAUGUGGUACUUUAUGGAACUUAUCAGCUCGUUGUGCUGAGGAUCAACAAGCCUUAUGGGAAAUGGGUGCUGUCAGUAUGUUACGUAAUUUGGUGCAUUCAAAACAUAAAAUGAUUUCAAUGGGAAGUUCUGCUGCUUUAAAAAAUCUGUUGUCAGCUAGACCUAACCUAAAAAACAUUGACUUUGAUCGACAUUCUCAAUCUGGUCGUCCUUCUUUACAUGCUAGAAAACAACGUGCUCUGGAAUCUGAACUUGAUCCUAAUCUUUCAGAGACAUGUGAUAAUGUUGAUAGU